AUGCCUUCUAUCAUUGCAGCGCUACGGCUGCGAGCGCUCAUAAAGGAGAUCUUUGGCAGUCCAGAAUUGCUCCAGACAGCUUCAAGAAGAGACAUCUUGGCUGCCGUGGAAGAUGUAGUCCAGACAAACCCAUAUUAUGCGAGGAUGUUCAUGAGUGAAUACAUCAAGAGGAUCGAGGAGGAGGAUGCCGAGGCAGAAGAGGCAACAGAGGAGAAACCUGGGGAAUUUAGAGAAACUAGAGACGAAAGAGACCCUGAAAGUAUCGAAUACCCCACAGAUGACCCAGUUCAGGGAAGCAAACUGGAGAUUUGUGGAAUCCAUGAGCACAAAGUAGGUGAUGAGCACGACGAGCAUGACAAACUGGAGGCUGAUCCACACAUACAACCACUAAAGGAGCUACUGGAUUCGCCAUCAAGACUGGUGCUGCCAUCAAGACUGUCGCUGCUUGUGCUGCUAUCGAGCCCGGUCUGCUACCUUUCCAUGGCUGCAAACACUCCCUCGGUGGAGCCCCAAUCCUCUGAAAACGACAAUGGUCCUUUUGUUGAUCCUUAUGAGCUCCUUUGCUCAACUCUUUCGGCCAAGCCCUUGGCUCCGUCAGACCCAGACCGCCUUCAAUUUCUUGUUGACUCGUCUACAUGGGUCACUAUUCAUGAGACGCCUCGGGUCAUUUCUGGCCAGGGAACAACUGGGGCCAGGACAUGGAAUGCUGCUCUUCUUCUCGCUUUGGCUGUCAACACGAACCCCAGGUUCCAAAAUAUGUUUCGAGAUUGCACUGUUCUCGAACUUGGAGCAGGCACAGGGCUUGUCCUGCUAGCACUUGCAAAGAAGAAGAAUAUACAUGGAUUCAAGAAGCUCCUAGUCACAGAUGGUGCUGCAGAGGUUGUGCAGAAGCUACCAUCGACGUUUGCAAACAACUCUGCUGAUGACGAUGUUGAGUUUGUCCAGUUUAUAUGGGGAGAGGAGGCUCCCAGGGCUGAUAUAGUGAUGGGCGCCGACAUUGUGUAUGACCCUAGUGUUUUGGAAAUCCUAGCCAACUGCUUAAAUACCUUCUUCGCCAAUGGCACAAAAUUGGCUGUCAUUGCAAGAAGCGAGAGAAACCCAGAGACUACUAAGAUGUGGGAGGCUAUAUGCCAACAGCAGUUUGAGCGAGAAGUGGUGAUGGUCGAAGAUCCCGAGAAGCUGGAGUUGCCCUGCUGGUUCGACAAAGGAAAACAAAUUGUGGUGGAGAUUCUUCGAAGAAAGGCUCUGCUGAAGUAA